AUGCGACUCCGCCACCCAGAGAACUACGUUUCACCUGCACAAACCCGCCUCUCCAACUAUUGCAUCGUCCGGCCCCUCUUCGCGACACGCUGCGAGGCGGUGCAGCCAUGCGUACCAUUCUGGCUCCCUCGGAUUGCCACCGCUACUGCUCUUUACCCACCACCAAAAUCAUCGCGUGCGCUCCUGCCCACCUGUUAUCUAUCGCUUCUGUAG